AUGCCUGAUCUGAUAAGAUGCUCAGGGAGCAUCGACUCUCGUGAACUGCGCUUCUCGCGCGCAAUGAUCUUCGCCAUCAAGGAGAUCAACAACAGCACGAAGCUGCUGCCGGGCAUCAAACUCGGUUAUCAGAUCUACGACUCGUGCGCGUCUGUGCCUGUUGCGGUGCACGCGGCAUUCCAGCUUUUAAGCGGCCUUGACCCGGUGUUUCACGCCGGGGACAAUUGCUCUCAAUCGGGUACGGUGAUUGCCGUGGUCGGUGAGUCCGGGUCCACGCCAUCCAUCAGCAUGUCGCGCAUCAUCGGGUCCUUUAACAUUCCGCUGGUUAGUCACUUUGCCACCUGUGCAUGCCUGUCUGAUAAGCAACAGUACCCCAGUUUCUUCAGAACCAUCCCGAGUGACCAGUUCCAGGCUGACGCGCUGGCCAAGCUGGUCAAACACUUUGGUUGGACUUGGAUAGGUGCUAUCCGAUCGGAUUCGGAUUAUGGGAACAGUGGUAUGGCGUCUUUCCUGAAGGCAGCGCACAAAGAGGGGAUCUGUGUGGAAUAUUCAGAAUCUUUCUAUCGGACCAACCCACGUAGCAGGAUCCAGAGAGUAGCCGACAUCAUCCGCAGGUCGACAGCCCUGGUUAUUGUGGCAUUUACAACAUCUGGAGACUUGAGGAUUCUGCUGGAGGAGCUGUCAUUGAAGCCCUCUCCACCUCGCCAGUGGAUAGGCAGCGAGUCCUGGGUAACUGACCCAGACAUGCUGAGGUUCAGUUUCUGUGCUGGAGCAAUCGGAUUUGGCAUUGAGCGAGCUCUCAUCCCAGGACUGAGAGACUUCCUGCUGGAUCUCCCUCCCUCUGAAGUGUCUGCCUCUCCGGUGCUGACUGAGUUCUGGGAGGAACAAUUUAACUGCAGGCUGGAAAAAACCACGGACAAUAAUGUUUGUGAUGGAACUGAAGACAUAAAUACAAUCCACAGCCCGUACACUGACACAUCUCAGCUGCGAAUCACUAACAUGGUGUACAAGGCUGUUUAUGCAAUAGCACAUGCAAUUCAUAAUGCAGUGUGUAAGGAAACACAUUCUAUAACCCAGUGUGACAAACUCACCAGCGUAGAGAUUAAAGAGGUUCUUACACAACUGAAACAUGUGAAUAUUUCACAAAAUGGUUAUGAAGUGUCAUUUGACGUCAACGGGGAUCCUGUGGCCGCGUACGAGCUGGUCAAUUGGCAAAACACUGAGUCUGGCAGGAUUGAGUUGGUGACAGUAGGAUACUACGAUGCGUCACUGCCUCUGGGCCAGAAACUCCGCAUCGAUAGAAACCUCACUUGGGUGGAAGGUGGCACACAAGCGCCUGCGUCAGUGUGUACCACCAGCUGUCCUGGAGGAACUCGUAAAGUGCUGCAGAAAGGAAAACCCGUCUGCUGUUUUGAUUGUAUACCCUGUCCUGAGGGAGAGAUAAGCAAUGCCACAGAUUCCUCUGAUUGCUUCACUUGCCCCGAGGAAUUCUGGCCUAAUGCAAAGAGAAACAUUUGUCUCCCCAAGCCUGUAGAGUUUCUUUCCUUCAACGAGGGUCUAGGAAUCAUCCUGUGUGCAUUCUCAGUUGGAGGGGCCUGUCUUGUCGUCCUAACAGCGGCUGUGUUCCACCGUCAUAGGACAUCCCCGAUUGUCAGGGCCAACAACUCUGAGCUGAGCUUCCUGCUGCUCUUCUCUCUGACUCUGUGUUUCUUAUGCUCAUUAACUUUCAUUGGAGCCCCCUCUGACUGGUCCUGCAUGCUGCGCCACACAGCAUUUGGGAUCACCUUCGUCCUCUGUAUGUCUUGUGUUCUUGGAAAAACGAUAGUCGUGUUAAUGGCCUUUAAAGCCACUCUCCCAGGUGGUAAUGUCAUGAAGUGGUUUGGUCCUCCACAACAAAGAAUGACCGUAGUGUCUUUUACCUUCAUUCAAGUUGUAAUAUGUACCCUUUGGUUGGUUCUUAGCCCUCCUUUUCCAAGGAAAAACCUAACCACGUACAAGGAGAAAAUCAUCCUGGAGUGUGCACUGGGCUCCACUUUUGGGUUCUGGGCGGUGCUCGGGUACAUCGGCCUGCUGGCUGUGUUUUGCUUUGUGCUAGCUGCCCUAGCCCGGAAACUACCUGAUAAUUUUAAUGAAGCCAAGCUCAUCACGUUCAGCAUGCUGAUAUUCUGUGCAGUCUGGGUCACCUUUAUCCCAGCGUAUGUCAGCUCUCCUGGUAAAUUUACUGUGGCUGUGGAGAUAUUUGCCAUUCUGGCCUCCAGUUUUGGACUGAUGUUGUGCCUAUUUGCUCCAAAGUGUUUCAUUAUAUUGUUUAAACCAGAAAAAAACACCAAGAAGCAUUUAAUGAACAAAAAUGCAAAAUACUUUGACCACAGAGCCUUCCGCUGGAUGAUGACCAUGGUGUUUGCAGUGGAGGAAAUAAAUCGUAAUUCCAGCCUGUUACCAGGUGUUAAACUGGGCUAUAAUAUUGUGGACAGCUGUGAUCAGGUCGACACAAGCCUAAAGGCUCUUUUGUCUUUAGUCAAUAGAAAUAAACAAUCGCCAGCCUUACCUUCAUGUCUGGCUGAUUCUCCUGUGUCAGCUGUGAUUGGUCCUGCAUCAUCUUCCCCUACAAGAGCUGUGGCUCACACCCUUGGCCCAUUCAACCUGCCACUGGUGAGUUAUUUUGCCACUUGCACAUGUCUUAGUGAUAAGUAUAUGUACCCGUCAUUCUUGCGGACUGUGCCAAGUGAUGUAUUUCAAGUUAAAGGGCUUGUCCAGCUGGUGACCUACUUGGGCUGGUUCUGGGUGGGCACAAUAGGGACCACGGACGACUACAGUCAAUAUGGUAUCCACGAAUUUUCCAACCAGUUUCAACAACAAGGUGGGUGUGUGGCAUUUCAUCUGACCAUCCCGAAAACACCCACAGCUACUGAGAUACAAGAAAUGGCCGACAGGCUGCAGAGUUCUACCGCUGUAGUAGUGGUGGUGUUUGCAACAGAGGGACAGCUUAUGGACCUGAUCUUAGAGCUGGCUAAGAGAAAUGUGACAGGAAUCCAGUGGGUAGCUAGUGAAGCGUGGGUAACCGCUAGCCUGCUGACCUCACCCCGAUUCCACCCUCUCCUGGAGGGCACGCUGGGCUUCUCUUUCCCUGGAGUCUGGAUCCCCGGCUUGAAAGAGUUUCUUUUAAGUCUCCGGCCUUCUCCCGAAACUGGGAUGGAAUUCGUCAACAUGUUCUGGGAAGAACUGUUCAGCUGCAGGCUAGAAUUUAGUGGAAACAUGUCUGAAGAAAAUGAAGACUGUCAUCCUGCUGAAAAGCCUGUUUGCACCGGUUCAGAAGAUCUGAGUUACAUUCACAACACUUUUACAGAUGUAUCUCGGGUCAGAGUAUCCUAUAAUGUUUAUAAAGCUGUGUACGCCAUUGCCCAUGCUCUUCACACUUUAUUAAACUGCGAUUCCGCCAACAAUUAUAGAAUGUGUGAGAAUCGUAAAUCCUUCACUUCUGCCCAGUUACUGCAUCAUCUGAAGACAGUGAAUUUCACCAACCAGUUUGAGGAGAACGUUUUUUUUUUCCCCAACGGAGAGCCGGUUCCUCUCUAUGACAUCAUUAACUGGCAGAAGGACAGCGAGGGUGAAAUUAGAUUUAUAAAAGUGGGAAGCUAUCAUGGUUCUGCUCCGUUGAAAAAACAAUUGCAGCUAGAGCGCAGCACCAUUGUGUGGACAAGGGGACAGUCUCAGGUGCCUGUGUCUCAGUGUAGUUCUCCAUGCUCCCCUGGCAGCAGACAAGCCAGACGCCCAGGAGAGCCCCCCUGCUGCUUUGAUUGUUUGCCCUGUGCAGAAGGAGAGAUCAGCAACCAGACUGGUUCCACAGAGUGCACAAAAUGUGCUGAAUACUACUGGCCAGACAAAGACAGUGUGAAAUGCGUGGCUGGGGUUGAAGAAUUCCUGUCCUUCCACGACAUCAUGGGCAUCAUCCUAGUCACACUGACCCUGCUGGGCGUUGUCCUGACAACCUUUGUAACUGCUGUCUUUCAACGUUUCCGUACCACACCGAUCGUCAGGGCAAACAACUCAGAAAUGAGUUUCCUGCUUCUCCUGUCACUCAAGCUGUGCUUCUUGUGUUCCCUGGUGUUCAUUGGCCAGCCAUCUGAAUGGACGUGCAGGCUCCGCCAGGCAGCAUUUGGGAUUAGCUUUGUCCUCUGUCUCUCCUGCCUACUUGUUAAGACCAUAGUUGUCCUCUUGGCCUUUCAUGCUAAUGCACCUGGUUCAAGGGCCCUGAAGCAGUUUGGUCCCUGUCAACAGCGGACGUUGGUCGUUUGCACCACAGCUCCUCAGAUUUGUCUCUGUGCUGUUUGUCUGUUGUGUGCACCUCCCUUCCCAUUCAAGAAUCCAAACUACCAAGCCACAACUGGAAAAAUUGUUGUGGAGUGUAAUGAGCCAUGGCCUCCUGGAUUUUAUCUGGUACUGGGCUACAUUGGUUUACUGGCUUUUGUCUGCCUCAUCCUGGCAUUCCUUGGACGGAAGCUCCCGGAUACUUUUAAUGAGGCAAAGCUUAUCACCUUCAGCAUGCUGAUCUUCUGGGCCGUGUGGAUCUCUUUCAUUCCAGCUUAUGUCAGCUCUCCUGGGAAGUUCACAGUGGCUGUGGAAGUAUUUGCUAUAUUAGCCUCAAGUUUUGGACUCUUGCUAUGUAUUUUUGUGCCAAAAUGUUACAUAAUACUACUGCAGCCUGAAAGAAACAUUAAGAAAAGAAUGACCGGAAGAUAUCUCACAUAAAUGUUGGUGGUCCUUUUUAAUGGCAAACAAAAGUACAUUGUUUAUCAAGACAUCAUGCAAAUAUAUUUAAAUGUG